AGAGCACACAGACACAAAUAAACGUCGAUUCGCAUGAACAUAUUGGAAAACAUUAGGAAGGGGUGGAGAGGACGAAAUCCCAGAAAAGAUUGAAACAUCUGGGGUACCCUAGGGUUUGUGUCUAUUUUGUGUGUGUCCCAUGGCCCCGUCAGGACUUCAGAAGCAAGAUGGGCCUAGGAUACGCCUUUGUGAACCUGCACGACAGCGAGCAGGUGCAGCUCUUGAUCCAGAAGUUCGACGGCAAGCGACAUUGGUCGCGCGCUUCUUCCGCGAAGGUCUGCCAAGCGACUCUGUCCCACAUGCAGGGCCUGGAGGCGAACAUCAACCGUUUCCGGAACAGCCCCAUCAUGAGCGACGAGGUCGAGGAGUGUUUCAAGCCGCUUUUCUUCGUCGGCGCGAAGCAGGUACCCUUCCCCGAGCCGACCAAGGAGGUGCCACCCGUCUUGCAUCGGCCCUCAGCCCCGAAAUGCUGGGAGGGAUCGGUGCAGCGGGCACCGCCGGCCGCCUGA